CAGUGAGAGUUGGACAUUGGAUGAUCCUGGCUGGUUGAUAUAGGAAUGGUGCUUCUCCUGAGACAGGGCCUGAAGAAUUUUCUUUUUCUACUGUGCUUCCGUCUAAAAGUUCUCCUUGGAUAAUUAUCAUCACAGUGGAGUGCCUGGAUUGGACAUCCUCAUCUGGGUCAACUAAAAAAAGAAAGCAUGCAAGACGACAGCCUAGAGGCUUCUACUUCCAUAUCUCAGCUUCUAAGGGAGAGCUAUUUAGCUGAAACCAGACAUCAGGGAAACAAUGAGAGGAGUCGCGCAGAACCUUCCUCCAACCCUUUUCAUUUUGGCGGCCCUUCUGGAGCUGCUGAAGGAGAAGGAGGCCAAGAUGACCUUCCAGAUCUUUCUGCCUUUCUGAGCCAAGAAGAAUUAGAUGAAAGUGUCAACCUGGCAAGACUGGCCAUCAAUCAUGACCCUUUGGAGAAAGCAGAUGAAUCUCAAGCUCGAAAACGUCUUUCUUCAGAUCAAAUGAAACACUCACCCCAAUCAAGUUUUGACCCUAACUUCUGCCAGGAUAACUCUCAAAGUUCUACCAGCUGUAAAGAGAGCCCACAGGAAGCAAAAAGGCCACAAUAUAGUUCUGAAACUCAGUCCAAAAAGGUGUUCUUAAAUAAGGCUGCUGAUUUCAUCGAAGAGCUGUCCUCCCUUUUCAAAGCCCAUAGCUCCAAAAGGAUUAGACCUCGUGCCUGCAAAAACCACAAGAGCAAAUUGGAAUCUCAAAACAAAGCAAUGCAGGAAAGCAGCUCCAGUUUCUCAGAUCUGUCAGAAAGACGAGAAAGAUCUUCUGUUCCCAUCCCCAUCCCUGCGGAUACCAGAGAUAAUGAACUGAAUCACGCUCUUGAACAGCAAGAAGCCAAGAGACGUGAAGCUGAGCAGGCUGCCAAUGACGCAGCUGGUGGAGACAUUACCCCAGGGUCUUCACCUUCAUCUUUGUACUAUGAAGAACCUCUGGGGCAACCUCCUCGGUUCACUCAAAAGUUACGGAGCAGAGAAGUUCCAGAAGGAACCCGAGUACAGUUGGAUUGUAUAGUGGUAGGAAUUCCACCACCUCAAGUAAGGUGGUACUGUGAAGGCAAGGAGCUUGAAAAUUCCCCAGACAUUCACAUUGUCCAGGCAGGAAAUCUGCACACGCUGACCAUUGCUGAAGCCUUUGAAGAGGACACGGGACGCUAUUCCUGCUUUGCUUCUAACAUCUAUGGGACAGAUUCAACUUCUGCUGAGAUUUAUAUAGAAGGGGUUUCUUCUUCUGACUCAGAAGGGGACCCUAACAAAGAAGAGAUGAAUCGAAUCCAGAAGCCAGAUGAGCUGUCAUCCCCUCCUACUACCUCUGCAGCCAUUCCUCCAGUGGCACCACCAGCCCAACCUUCGGUGGCCCAGCCCAGUGUGUCAACCACCCAGCAGUGUCGGAGCCCUACCAACUAUUUGCAAGGAUUGGAUGGAAAACCUAUCAUUGCAGCUCCUGUGUUUACAAAGAUGCUACAAAAUUUAUCGGCCUCUGAGGGUCAGCUGGUCGUCUUUGAGUGCAGAGUAAAAGGAGCACCAUCUCCUAAAGUUGAGUGGUAUAGAGAAGGGACCUUGAUAGAAGAUUCUCCAGAUUUUAGGAUUUUACAGAAAAAACCUCGGUCCAUGGCAGAGCCAGAGGAGAUCUGUACUUUGGUCAUUGCUGAGGUAUUUGCACAGGACUCUGGGUGCUUCACAUGUACUGCAAGCAACAAAUAUGGCACUGUGUCAAGCAUUGCACAAUUGGAUGUGCGAGGAAAUGAAGACCUGAGCAAUAACGGGUCUCUUCGCUCAGCCAGCUCUACAAACAACCUGACUAUCACUGAGCAACAGCCAUCCCCACCCUACCCGGAGCCUCCUUCUGUGGAACAGCCCCCCAGACCCAAACUGGAAGGGGUUCUGGUGAACCACAACGAGCCCCGGUCCAGCUCAAGGAUAGGCCUUCGUGUGCACUUUAAUCUGCCCGAAGAUGACAAUGGAAGUGAAGCAUCUUCUGAGGGUGUGAUGCCUACUGCCAACCAGACCAGGCCUAAUUCUUUCCAGGAGAGGUUCAAUGGACAGGCAGCAAAAAUCCCUGAGCCUUCUUCUCCCAUCAAAGAGCCCCCUCCAGUCCUGGCUAAACCCAAACUCGAUUCCAGUCAGUUACAACAGCUUCACAACCAAGUCUUACUGGAACAACAACAAUUGCAAAGCCCAACUGCUUCGUCUCCUAAGGAGUUUCCUUUCAACAUGAGUGUUUUGAACUCGACUGCUCCUCCAGCAGUGACAAUGUCCAGCAAGCCAGUGAAGACUCCGUCAUCACAGACAUUCAGCCUGGCCCGGCCAAAGCACUUCUUCCCCUCCACAAACACCACCGUGGUGAGCGUGUCCCCCUCCAGCUCUCCAGUGUUCACGCUGAGCAGUGCUCCUCAAACCAUUCAGAGGACAGUGAGCAAAGAAAGCCUCUUAGUUUUUCACCCCUCCAUGCAAACCAAAUCUCCAGGAGGGAUUUCCACCCAAAGCGAACCACCACCUCCAGGUGCAACAGAGUCAGCACAACCACCUCUCACGUUUUCCAUCUCCAGCGGAAACCAGUUUCAUCCCCGCUGUGUGUCCCCAGUCCCUGUCUCUCCCACUAGCCGGAUCCAGAAUCCAGCGGCUUUUCUCAGCUCUGUUCUGCCUUCUCUUCCUACCAUCCCACCCACCAAUGCUAUGGGGCUGCCUAAAAGCGCACCUUCCGUGCCAUCGCAGGGACUAAUGAAGAAAAAUACAAAGUUUCCUCAACCAGUUAACAAUGAUUACAUUCUUGAAACUAAGAAUGCAGUGAUUCUAGAGUUGGGGAAAAAAAAGAAUUUCAGUGAUGCCAGAUCAAACCAGCAGGAGUACAAAAUUUCAAGCUUUGAGCAGAGGCUGAUGAACGAAAUAGAGUUUCGCUUGGAACGUACCCCAGUUGAUGAAUCAGAUGAUGAAAUCCAACAUGACGAGAUCCCCACGGGCAAGUGUAUUGCUCCCAUCUUUGACAAAAGGCUCAAGCACUUCCGGGUCACAGAAGGCUCUCCAGUCACAUUCACCUGCAAAAUUGUUGGGAUACCUGUUCCAAAGGUUUACUGGUUCAAAGAUGGAAAACAGAUUUCUAAGAGCAAUGGGCGCUGCAAAAUGAAGCGAGAAGGCGACGGGACGUGUUCUCUGCACAUUGAGUCCACCACCAGUGAUGAUGACGGCAACUACACCAUCAUGGCUGCCAACCCCCAGGGGAGAAUCAGCUGUUCCGGCCACUUAAUGGUACAGAGUUUGCCCAUUCGUUGUCGACUAACCUCUGCUGGUCAGUCUCACAGGGGAAGGUCCCGAGUUCAAGAAAGAGACAAAGAGCCCCUACAGGAACGCUUUUUCCGACCACACUUCCUACAGGCUCCUGGUGAUAUGGUGGCUCACGAGGGACGCCUCUGUCGGCUGGACUGUAAGGUGAGUGGCUUGCCGACCCCGGAGCUGACAUGGCUGCUGAAUGGCCAGCCUGUGCUACCAGACACCUCCCACAAGAUGCUCGUCAGGGAGACUGGAGUCCACUCUCUGCUCAUUGACCCGCUAACUCAAGGGGAUGCAGGGACCUAUACGUGCGUUGCUACCAACAAAACCGGGCAGAAUUCCUUUAGUCUGGAGCUCACUGUAGUAGCCAAAGAGGUGAAGAAAGCGCCUAUGAUCCUGGAGAAACUGCAGAACAGUGGUGUUCCAGAAGGCCACCCGGUGAGACUAGAGUGCCGAGUGAUAGGCAUGCCCCCGCCCGUGUUCUACUGGAAGAAAGACAACGAGACCAUCCCGUUCACCAGAGAAAGGAUCAGUAUGCACCAGGACGCAACAGGGUAUGUCUGCCUCCUCAUCCAGCCAGUCAAGAAAUCGGACGCUGGAUGGUACACGUUGUCAGCCAAGAAUGAAGCCGGUAUUGUGUCGUGCACUGCGAGGUUGGAUAUAUAUGCUCAGUGGCACCAGCAGAUCCCACCACCCAUGUCCAUCCGGACCAGUGGCAGUCGCUAUGGAUCUCUCACCAGUAAAGGACUUGACAUUUUUUCUGCCUUUUCCUCCAUGGAAAGCACAAUGCUGUAUUCCUGCUCUUCUCGGAGUGUAGUGGAGAGUGAUGAACUUUAAAAGUCUCUGGGUGCCUGCUGUGUAAGGGGGCGGACUGUGGAGGGGAAUGGAGGACAAGCCAAGUCACCGACGGUUUCCAAGCAACUGGAUUUGAGUAAGUUACCACGCUGCUGGACCUGUGGCAAGGAGAGUUUUGAAUAAGUUGGUUGGGGACUCUUGCAGUCUCGGCUGAGGAAGAGAUGUAGGGCUGUGACUCAUAAAGAUUCUAACAAACAUAGGAGAAGACAAUGCACAUGAACCAAAGAUGUCAUCCACUGCUUUGGGGAAAAGCUGGAAUGCUCCCCUGCCCCCUGCUGUGUUGUGGAUGCUUUGGCCCAGCUAGAAGCAAUUAGGGGCCACAAGCCUGGACUGAUAGGAAUUAGACAAUAGUGACCUUAGGAUAACACCAACUCCCCAACAAUGCAAAGGGAAAAGGUUGGGGGGUCACCAUCACCUUUCAUUGAUCGCAUCAUAGUAGUAGUGUUGGUGAAUUCAUUCAAUCCGCUUCAGUUAGCAUUAGGAGGCCAUGUCAUGCAGCUCACAUAUGUGGAGAAGUGCGUUUGAGUGUGCUUCCUGGUUGUACUGAGUCCUAGAAGAAGAUGCCAAAAUGUGCUCAGUCGGGAUACGAAAAAUUCAUCGAAACCCUCGAUAUAGCACAAUGCACUUAUUCUGUGGCCGAAACAGGGCCCCACCAGCCUGUCUGUCCCAUUUUCUUUUGGGUACCAUGGGGGCUGGUUUUUCUUCUUUCUGACUUUGUAUAUCCCUAGACUCUAGAAUAAUAGGGUUGUUAAUAAAUCUAUCCGAAAGAAAUCUUCUGCAGGGUCGCUUUAUAUACUACAAGCUUCAGUUGCCCCUUCUAAAAUACGCAUGAGUCAUCAUCAUUUGUCUGUAAAAUAUGGCCCCCUCCUACCCCACCCAAAGGCUGGAAGUGUAAGAGGCCAUGAGGAAAGAGGAAACACAAACAAAGAGAGAAAGGGAUGGAGAUUGCUGGUGUCAUUGCCCCAGCAGAGCAGUGGUUGUGGAAGGAGAGUCCUUUCAUAGUGGUGAGCUGCUUUGAGAUCCUUGGUCAGAUUGCAUUUUCCAAGUAGAAAACAUUCUGCUAACUGGAAAGUGGGAAGAUGGGGGAAUCUGCAUCUGUAUUCUAAUCCACCAAUUCAAAACCUGCCUGUCAACUUAAGGACUGUUUAGGCUUAAAUUAUCCAGUUUCUAGAAGAGUGUCUAGUACGAAAGAGACAGUCAAUAAAUAUUUGUUGAAUGAAUGAAUCUUAUAUCAGACAGAGGAAUCUACAGUUCACACAACAGUCCCCAAAAAUGGCCCUGACAAUGGUCAUUAUAAUACAGUUUGCUCUAGGCUUCCCAGGGAAAUGAAUUGGAGGUGUCUGUUACCACCUCCCUUUGCCCACAGCUCUGGAGGUCCCUGAGCCAGGUCCCCUGAGCUGGCAUUGUAUUCAAGUGAACAAAUAUAAUUGCUCAGAAAGACUUGAAAGUUUCUUCACUUCAAGGCAAAGACUUCCAGUAUGAAAAUUCAUUCACU